UCAAAUCUUGUAAUCCAGGUUUUGUUGUAGCUUAGUUUGGGUAACAAAAUAUUCAAAAUGAUGCUGAGGAGCCCAGCUGCAUCAAAGAAUAUCCAAUCUGUCUUGAAACGAUUUUCUUCUUCUCAAGUCGCAAAACAAGACUCGAAUGAUGGUCAAAUAUCUAAAACAAAAGUAAAGAAUGGCAUCACUGUUGUUACAACCGAUAUUCCAUCACUUCAUGCAAAUGUUAUGCUCUUAGCAAAAGCUGGAAGUCGCUACGAAAACCCUUCUUCAAAUUUAGGUAUUUCACAUUGUCUUCGCGCCGGUGCUUUGCUUAGCUCUGACAAGGAUACUGCUUGGCAUUACACUCAGUUGCUAGGCAACUUUGGAGGAGAUUUCUCAGUCUCAGGUACAAGGGAACAUGUUUCUUACAAUUUGAAAUGUGGACGACGUGUUUGGAGAGACCUUAUUACAGAAGUCGUUGCACCGUCUGUCUGUCGGAAUAGUUUUUUCUGGUGGGAACUAGAUCAAAUAAGCAAAUCCAUGAAAACACAGUUAGCUCACGCAAACACUGACCCAGCGUUUAAUCUAAUUGAAGCAGUGCACCAAGCAUCGUUUCGUGGGGGGCUUGGAAAUUCUGUUAUAUCCCCUGAAGGCAUGAUUGGCUCUCAUACAACAGAAAUGGCGCAAGAAUUUUUCAAUUCCAAUUACAACUUGGCCAACAUGGUGCUUGCGGGAAACGGAGUAAACCACGACGAGCUCUGCGAUGUCGCUGAGACUGCUUUUGAGUUGCCAUCAAGAGGAUCGACUGGUAAGCCGUCGGAGUUCAUUUCAAGCGAGGUUCGACUUCACGAGAGAGGGGACGCAGCUCAUGUCGGCCUUUCGUUUUGCGGCUCGGCACUCAAUGACCAAGAUGCGAUUGCUAUUGCUGUAGUACAGAAUAUUCUUGACUCGAGUAGUAACGUAAAACGACAAUCUGGACGUACAGAUCGUAUCGGAAGUGCUGUUGGUAAGAAAGUUGACGGCGUAUUUGCAACCUCAGCAUAUAAUGUUAAUUAUUCCGACGCUGGUCUCAUAGGAGUUUACAUCAAAUCAGAUCCCGCUAGUAUCGGCCAUGCGGUGUCAGCAGUGAGAGAGGAACUCGGAGCAAUGGCAGAGGGUGGCAUAUCGGACAAAGAAGUGGCUGCAGGAAAGAAUAGUCUCAAAUCAGGCAUUUUAAUGCAAGCAGAAUGUUCCGAAUCAGUUUUAAGCGAUGUUGCGGUUCAAACUUCUCUUCUCGGUGGAGCUGUGUCGCCACAAGAAAUAUCAGCGAAAAUUGACGCUGUGACGACAUCUCAAGUAGCCAGAGUCGCAAAGAAAGUUUUUGGAGGAAAGAAAAGUCUUGCCGCUGUAGGAGAUAUCACUAAUUGCCCUUAUUUAGCUGAUUUAUGAAUUUCUUUGUGUGAUUGAGAUAGGUUUUGGACUAAUAUAUGUUAAUAAGUUUCAUUUUUUCACCUGCGGAAAUUUUCAACCACAAUUUUGGCCUUGUAUUUACUGUUCCAAAUUUAUUAUUUUGAAUAUUCUAGUAUUUGUAUUACUGUUAAGCAAUGGUAAGAUUCAUUGAUGCUGUAACUGUCACUCUGUUGGAAGUAAUUUAGUAACACUGACCCAAAAUGCCUGCAAGAAAUUUGAUUAUUAAUAUAUAUUAUAUUUUUGAAUGCUUUAUUCUUCUAUACACGGAUUCAUAAUAUUUUCAAUCAAAAAUUUCAAAAUAUUAGAGUGUAAUCUGCUUUGGUAUAAUUUGACCGAAACCUGUCAUCAAAUUCAAUGAGGCAUAACCUGACAGCUAUAGUACUCCCUGGUUUAGACAAUUUUUUCCAAACUAGUCAAUGUUCAGUGCUUUUUCUGUGAGGAAACGCUCCCAAUCUACCCAUUUGGACAAGGCUUCCAUAGUAUAAUUGAAGUAUAAUUAAAAGUUCUGCACAGGAGUUCAAAACCCUGAUAUAUUUUCUAAUGUAUAAUUCAAAAUUUGAUAAUAAUUUGUCUGAUAUUAACGAGAACUAAAGCCAACAAAUUAUUAAAUGCUUCGUGUGGUGUAGUACCACACCCGUAUAUGUGGAAUUGAAAUUCUGAUGAAAGGAAUAUUCUUAAAACCUAAUUAAGGUUGUGAAAUUCUGGCAGUUUCGCUCCAGUGAAUCUUUUUAUUGAUUCAAGCAGAAUUCCAAUACCAUAUUAACUAGUGUGCUCUACUCCAUACUAAAGACUUGCAACUGUCCUAACUAAGAUUGUAAAAUUCUGACAGUUCUGCUUCAUUACAUGUUAUUUGGCUUCAAGAUAGUAUUUGAUACCUGGAUUGAAUAUUUUGUACAACCAAUUACAUUUCCAACUGUCUUUAUGAUUACCGGUAUUUAUUUGCAAGUUCUUAAAUCUGAUGGACAGAAUAUUGUUAACCCAAAUAGGGUUGUGAAAUUCUGGCAGUUCCGCUCCAUUUCAUGUUUUUUUGGUUCAAGAUAGUCUAAUUAUACAACUAUGGCUUUUCCGACUGUCUUCAUGCUUAUUUAUUCGCUAGUUCCUAAACAUUUAUUUCGUGUGAAUAAUAAUAUUUCCGUUGUUUUGCUAUUCUAAG